UCUAAUAACAGAACCUGAUCUUUCCUGUUUGUCUGACAGAUCUUCGUUCCUCGCCUUCCUCGCGUCCUCUGACGACCUCCUUCUCUGAUCCGGCCGUCAUGGAGGUUUUAUACAUGAACUCCUCCGUGCUCUCUGUCUCUCACAGACCCCUCAACGACACCAGUGGCGUGAAGACGCUGUACGAGGAUUGCAAAAACAUGCCUGCAGUUCUCAUUUGGUACCUGGGCCUGCAGUUCAUUAACAUGUUCCUGGGCAUCCCAGCCAACUUCAUGGUGCUGUGGCUCAUCCAUACCAACAAGGGUGAUUCUUCCACCUCAGAUAUCUUCAUCCUUCAUUUGGCGGUUUUAGACAUACUCUUCUGUCUCAUCCCUCCCCUUGAGCUGGCCAACAUAGUCUUCCUCAACAACAGCAGCACCUGGUACGUCCUGCGCUUCUUCUACGGCAUAAAAGACUGCUCGCCUCUCCUCCUCUCAUGCAUCUGCUUAGACCGCUACAUGGCCGUGGUCCACCCCAUCACCUUCACCAAGUUCAAGGACCGUCAACACCGAGCGGUCCUGGCCUUUGUAGUCUGGCUGAUCACUCUGGCCUACGCUGCUGCUAAAUGCGUAGGCAACAUUGUCAACUUUGAGAAGGUCUUCACAGGGAUGAUCCUCACAGCUUUCGCCUUCAUGGUGUUCUGCAACAUUGUGAUCCUGUGGGUGCUGAGGCAGUCUGGGCCCGGCAGAGACGAGAUGCAUCCUGUGAAGAAGAGAGCCUUCAAGGUGGUCCUCAUCAUCCUGGCCAUCAUAGUGUUCAACUACUUCCCACCUGUCGCACUGUUCCCCUUCGAGGGCUACUUCUCUUCUAAUGUGUUUAAAUGCUAUAUUCACUAUGUCGCAUUUGGCCUGAUGGACUUCAGCAGCAGCAUUCAGCCGAUGCUCUAUCUGUCCAAAGAAAAGAUGGCAUGCAACCUCAACUGCUGCCAGAGCAGCGCGACCUAGAUCCAAUAGGGAUACGUGUGUUCCAAAGGUUUUCAUAUGAAUGUACUGUUGUUGUGAAAUACAGGAGAAUAUAUUAUGUUCUUGCUUGAUCUGAUAUUGAAAUCGAAUAUUAAAAAGAUUUAUUGCGCACUGGUUCACAACCUAGGGUUAGGGUCCCCUAAGGAUGACUCUGAAGAUGAACUUUCUUGCCUAUUCUGAGGCAGACCUGAAUAAAUUAAUAACUUAUUGUUUAGAUUUAUAGAUUUUUCUUAAAUCCCUGUACAGAAACAAUUUCUUUUAAGGUGUCUGACAUUUUGGGAAAUUGGGUUAUUUGCUUUCUGGCAGUUAGAUAGAAAACUGAUUUUAUGAUGCCUUUAGUGGCCAGAUUUAGUGGCAUCUAGCACUAUAGUUGCAGAUCACAACUUCCUUCCUUCAUCCUCCGAACAAAGGAGAAACUCUGCAAAAUGUGUGAAAAAUGCAAGAGUACUAUCUAGAGCCCGUGUUUGGUCUGUUUCUACUAGGACACUGUACAAACACGAUGCUUCAACAUGGCGGACUCAAUGGAAG